UUGAUAUUGUUUACAAAUGAAUGCUUCCGGUAGGUCCUGCUAGUUAGCGCGUUGGCAUGAAUAUUAUUUUGUGUUAUGUACCUUACCAGUUUUGAUACAAACACUACCACCUGCGUGCUUUUUGCGCCAGCUCGAUAUAAAGAAAAGUAAGAAAAAUGUGCGCGUAUUUCGUUUAGUUUGAUAAACAUUAGCACAGCUCCGUUAGAGAGAGUUAGCUAACAGUUGUGUAGCUCAGCAGAUGUUCUGCAGCAUGGCUCUGAUAUACUUCAACAGGUGUUGUAAACGGAGCCGUGUGAUAUUGUGCCUCGGGUCUAAGCGUUCACAAAACGCGUGUUUACAGAGGAUAUGUGCUGUUAAUGAAGUGCCGUUUAGGAGUCAUCAUUCAGUAUCUGUCAGUCAUUACCAACAAGCCAGAGCUCUUCGCCUCAAGCCGCCUGCACAGCGGUUCAGAUUUCAGGUGACAGCACCGUCCUAUCAUCAUCUGCUCACCGUGUGUGAUAUGCUGCCAGCCAGCAUCUCCUACGGAAGAGACACAACUGCAGUUGCAUCAGAUGAGGAUGAUGAGGGUGAUGGUGGUGAUGAAAAUCUGGCAGGAAAGGAGGUCGGAGAAGAGCACAAGGAGCUGAGAGAGAUGGUGAUGACUUCAGCCCAGACAGGGGCAGUCGGCAUGGAGGUCCAGGAAAGUCCUGCAGAUACUGAAGCCGCCUCAGUGUCCACUCCUUCAGGAUCAAAUGAGAAGAAGACUAGAAGGAAGCUGAGGAGGGAGAGGAAGAAACUGAUGAAGAAAACGCUGAAGUCAUCUGAUACUUCUGAAAACUUAUUGUCAGAGCUUCCAUUUGCUUUGACCAGCCCAACGACAUGGAAAGCACUAUUCCCCAGCCAAGAGUCAACUAAGAAAAAGAGAAAGAGAAAGCGAGGAGACAGCGAGGGCCGAGUGGACAGUGAGGACGACGGGGACAAGAAGAAGAAAAAGAAAGAGAGCCAGCGACCCAAUUACUUUGUUUCCAUCCCCAUCACUAACACUCAGAUAAGUUCAGCUGUGAGUGAGGUCCAAGAGGCCGUGCUCCAGCAGGACCCCCGACUGGCCAAAGCUAUGAUCCCUGUCCCAACCCUUCACAUCACGCUUUUAGUCACUCAUCUUGCCAAUCAGGAGCAAGUAGACCUGGCGGCUGCGGUGCUGGCUCAGGUUGAGCCGUCACUGGCUGAGUUGCUGGGUGGGAGGGAUCUGGUCUUGCCCUUCUCAGGGAUAAGUCAUUUCAGGAAGGAGGUGGUGUUUGUCGGACUGGCCUCCGGACAACACAGACACACAUUGGACAGCUUGGCAGAGUUGUUGCGGAGCCGUUUUGAGGAGCAGGGGCUUCUGCAAGGAGACUGCCGAGGGUUUGAACCCCACCUCACCAUUAUGAAGCUGUCCAGAGCUUCAAAACUCCGAUCUCAGGGUAUAAAGCGUGUGGACCCGGCCCUUUACUCCAACUACACUGACAAAUUUUUUGGAGAUCAGACGGUUGAGCGGGUGGAUCUUUGUUCUAUGUUGAAGAAGAAGCAGCAAGAUGGAUAUUACCACACUGAAACGUCACUACAGCUUGAUUUGGUUCAGGCUCCAGUCCGUGCUAAACGCUCAAGUGGGCGUCGCCGGUCUGAGCCUGACGAGGCGGAGCUGCUGAGGGUCAGCAAGCGACUGGUCGAGGACGCCGUCAACCGCGCCUUGCAACAGUACAAACAGGAAACACUUCAGAAUGGGGGCGGUCCUAAUGCUGCCGCAGUGAAGCCCCCUGGAAAUACAGAGGAAACUGCUACAAAGACGAACACUACAGCCAACUCCAUCACAGUGAACAGGAAGUGACCUCACCCGACCAAGGCGCAGAGACUGAAAAACCAGCAUUCUGGACACCAUCAGCCAGGCUUGGCUAGACAUGAGAAGAGUCAGUAAGACCUGGGCACAAAGCUUGAACCAGCCAACCAGUCAGCCCGCUUUGCUGACCAGCUAACCCAGCUAGCCAGCCACGCUAGCCACCCGCCCACCUGACCUAGCUCGACACAGUGCUAGUUAAAUAGAUAAUGUAGCUUGAAAUUAACGCCAGGUGACCGUCCUAACAGGCCAGCCUGUUUAGCCUGUUAACUUACCGCACCAACUCUGCUGUCCUACAUCUAACAGCGAGAGUUUCGCCCCUCCUUCUGCACUGAUCUGCGGGGGAGGGGUACGCGUUUGCACGUCAAACCCAGAACACACAUGUGAAGCACUCCUGUAGAGACACUCAUCCGUAUUUAAGGCUUCACUGUGACCCAUCACUGCAAAACUGCCCUUUUAGAAUAAGAAAAAUUAAGUUUUGUGUAUAGUUUAGUUUACCUUUUAAAAUGAACUUGAAAUGUCCUUUAUUUCCCUCUGAUAAUGAAAAGAAAAAGCCUUUUGCUGAAAUGGUUUCAGGUGAAGAGUCUUUCACCAUCCUUUAAACGUCUUCUGCCUUCAUAGACAGAAAAUCAUUUGUUCAUCUUUGUGGCUGAAGAGGCCGUGUGACUGGCUGGAUUCUUCAAACUUAAGUGUGAGACACGCGUCAGUAUGCUGGACUUGAAUCUGUGCAAGCUUCUGUUGCAUUUGGCAGUCCACUUAAAUAGAUCUUAUUUAAAUUUCUAGCAUUUUAUUUUAUCUUCUUCACGUCUGGUACAGAAACUGACAUAACCUGCCCCCACCCCACAGCUUUGCUUUAAGUGUCAUAUAUUACAGUUGCAUUACCAGAGUGUGUACUACCGAGGCAGCACCGAGACAAUCAUGGAGUUGACACAGAUUCACUUUGGAAACUUAAGUGAUGCUUUUGAGCAAAAUCCUAUAAAUCAACCACUAAAAAUAAAUAGAAACACUAACUUUGGUGGAUUGGGGAUGCUACAAAAUAAAAUAGUGUGCUCCAGCGUAACAUUACACUAUGAGUUGCCAAGAACGUAUCUCCAUUAAUGCCGAAACCUUCAUGAUUAAAUCCUUGACAAGCUGUUAUUAUUGUUAGACUCAAGUAUUUAUUUCAGAACUCACCUUCCUCUCUAAUACAUCAGUGUGAUUUUUCUUUUUUUUGUUUGAUUCUCUGUGAAAUGCAUUUUUAAAGAGCAGCACACCACACGUUGGUCAAUUAUUAAGUCUGUGAAACAGGCUGGAGUCCGUUUGUUUGAGGCUCAGUGUUUUUGUUUUGGGGUGUAUCAGUAUGCUGAUGCUGAGAAGCGUCUGAUUCUGUAGUACUGUACAUGGAAGAGCUGUUAAAGGCAAGCAGUGAUUGAGAGUCACACAAUAGCUCCUCACAGCUGAGAACCCCACAGCUCCUAAUUUCGCUGUCUUCCAUCUUUUUUUUUUAUGUAAGCUUGAUGACAUAGGCCCUUAUAGCGUUGUGCUCAUGAAAUCCAUCCACUGUUAUUCAGAAAUACAUACGCACCAGUGUUAAAUUAGAUAUUACUGCAGGAAACAGCUAGAACAGUGAUUAUUUUAUCUGUUUAGCUGCCUUGUGUUACAGCUGAUUUACACGAUUUAAUGUAAAAACAAAAAAAAUGAAGACGCUGGAUUUUAGUUUGUAUUUCGAAGGUGUACAAAGCACAAGAUUUUUGUAAUUUAUGUUUUUAAAAACUGGUUUCAGAUUUUACAGAACAGGUUUAUACUGUUCAGAUCAAAGUGGCCUUCAGUCACUAAAACAAACUCGUGCGAUUCUCGUUUUCCUGAAGGAUGUUUUUUACCCCGCGUGUGGGGUAGGUUCGGGGAUUUGCCAAAGUCUCUUAAACAUCAGCCUGAGGCUAAAGGGUUGGAUUCUUGAGUUAAAUUUAAAGAAAAAAAAAUUAAAGUCCACCAUAAGACAGAAAAUGUGUUAUUUCCGUUGUAAGAAAAAAAGCAAGUGACUUUGAUUUUCAGUUGUUUGAGGUUUAAUUUCCCUGCGGUGAGAACAGGUGUGAGCUGGAAAAUGCACUCUCAUCUCUGUGGAGCCUACUUAAGGCCCGUCACUGUGGGCUCACUGAAACGUCAAUAACACAGACGGAUGGGAGGAAGAGGAGGGGGGGUAGCUAGCUGUCUUAAGGUGGACUUUGAACAUUUUCUUUUCGCUUUUUUUUGUUGUCACCGGGUCCUUAAUCUCCUUAAAAUCCCCUUUAAUACACAAGUUGUCCUGUUGGCCUGUUCAUGUGUCUGUGAAAGCGUGGAUGUGUUUGUCUGUGGGACGUUUGAUCAGCGGUUCCCCUGAGAAAUUCUUGUCUGUAUCAAUCAUGGAAACUCAGACUUGCGUGUGUGUGUGUGUGCGUGCGUGUGUGUGUGAGCAAGCGUAUAAAUAUGUCUUCUCUGUUUGCCUUUCCAUGUUUCCACGUGUAUGUCCGACUGAGUGGGUGUGUUGUUUGUACUGUGUUGUAUAUCUUGUUCUGCCAUAUUUGAACAAUAAAACAGGAUAUGAGAUUCAGAACUAAUA